AUGGAGAAAAAAUUGGAGGGAAGCCAUAGCUCACCGUCUUCUAAGUUUUCAGCAGGAAAGUCGUCUGCCAUUUUUUGCUCUGGGAUGUUUUUUCCCUGGGCAUACGGUAAGGCGGAAUUGGGAAGGUCGAAGCAGGAAUGGGGGAGAAAGGAACCUUCUGUGACCCGAGUGCAAGUUAGGUCUCCUAGCAUUUUGGAGGGUAGUGAAAGAGUUAGUAAUUCUCCUGAUCAGAUUAUUAAAUCUCAGGAAGACCUUACUAACACUAAGGUGUCUGGUCAACAGUCCAUUACCAGCUCGGCUGUGAAGGAACCUGUUAUUGAGUGUCCCACUAACACUGACAAGCCUCUUACAGAGGAUAACUUAGUGGAUGUGGAGAUUCAACCUUCAUCUAAAGGGGAGAAUAUUGGGCAGAGGAAAAAAACCACUUUUACUAGAAGGCCUAGAAUUAGUAAAGGGAAUACCUCUGAUAGUAUGCAUAUUGAUUCUUCAGAGAGAGUAGAGACAUCUAAGGGGAAUAAAGGGAAAGGGAAAAGGAGU